UCCUUACCCGUGAGGACAUUAUUUCACUAAGAUCCUUUUAGCUAGACAGGCCCAAAUGCAGGUGGUUAAUACAGUAGGGGUAGUAAGUGUGCAGUAAUGUUAUUGCCAUGGUUAACUACUAAAUUGCAUGCCUGAAACUGUGUAACCCACAUAUUUGUUACAGAAGAGUUGUAGAGGAAACUUCAGUUGUUGUUUAUGACCAUAAUCAGGGUUUAUUCUAGAAAUUGGCCAAUCAGGGUCAAAUAUAUGGGCCCCCUUCUGUAACUUUAGGGGGUCCAUUUUCAAGGAAGGAGGUCCCCCAGAAGGUAUUUGAAGUUAUUGGUACAGACUGUUCCAGACAGUUUGAGGCUAUAAAAGUUCAAAGUAAGUUUAUAGAGCGGCCAUCAAUUCAGUGUUGUUGUCAGUGAUGUUUUCGAAUACUUAAUUUAAAAAAAAUAAUACUUAUGCUUGGGAUUAUUUUUUGCGCCCCAUUUAACGCGGCAACGUGAAAUUAAUAUAUAUUAUGCAGCAUUUUUUUCCAAAUUGCAGAAAUGCUGCAAGGCCGCGCUCUAGAAUAAACCCUGCAUAAUAUAGACCAGGCUUACGAUUACACUUGACUACAAAGAAAACCAAAAUAGUUUAAUGUAUUUUAGCUAAAACGAUACCAAAGAAGCAGAGGAAAACAUAACAUAAUAAUUACAGGGUCUAGAUUAUAGUUUUGAAUUUUAAUCAGUGCUUUGAAUGAUUUCACCAUUAAUGAUCAAUAAUAUUUUUAAGGCUUACACCCGGGUUUCCUUAAGCCUUUUUUGAUAAAUUAUUAUCCACAAAGGCCAUUCAUCCAGCAACUUGUAGGCUAUACUGUAAUUCCGAAAAAUUGAUUACAAGUCUUCUCGCCAGAUUUUGGAUGGCGCUUAUUUUGGACAAUAAUCUAUCAUAACACUGUCUUAUAGAUAAACUGAUUUUUAUUAUAAUAAAUUGUUCUUCUAAUAGAUUGUUGUAAAUGCUCAUUUUUUUUUUUUGUUUGGUUUUACUUGUCUUAGACUAAAACCAUAACAGUCUCAACUGAUUGUCAUCAAUUUACCUCUGUCAAAGCUAUAAAUAAAGUUGUUGUUUCUAAAUGCAUAUGUAAAUGUGCUCCUUUUGGACUUUUUUGUUAACUUAAAUAACAGGCAUUCUCUCAGUGAAAAUGAGCCAUUUUAUUACCAUUAAUUUUCAUUUUACUCCAAUACUACACAUGUGGGGAACAGUUUUCCAAAUAUAAUGGAUUUGGUAUUUAUUUCCCUGAACUUGGUAAUUAACACAUGCAUGCAGGCAAUAGAGUGAUUUUAUUUAACCCGUGAAAUGGGUCAGUAGAAAUAUCAUACUACACACUAUUAUGCACUAAUUCUAUUGUCUUGUUUUGUUUACUUAAGUAGCUAUUUUGUAGUAGUUGUUAGUAAAUGUUUCACAGGUCAAAGUAAAAUCACUCAAUCACCAUAUUUUCCCAUAAAUGGUGAGCCAUUCUCAGUAAGGAAAUAGUUUAUUAAACAUGCUAUAAAUUUGUUCCCAUACAUUUAUGUUGGAGACAUUUUCAGAUAAUGGAUUUCAUUUAAUUCACGUUCCUCGUGCAAUUCUCAUUGAUGACUAUACUAUCAUUUUCCAUGAAUGAUAGGCUAAUUCACAUGAUGGAAAUAGUGUAAUAACCAUGGUGCAAAAUGUAUUCCCAUGCAUGGUUAUUGAACAUUUUCACAUAUUCCCCAUACAAUUCUCAUUGAUGACAAAAUCACCAUUUCCCGUGAAUGAUAGGCUAAUUCACAUGAUGGAAACUGUGAAAUAACCAUGGUGCAAAAUGUUUUCCCAUUCAUGGUUAGUAGCAUUUUCUCAUAUUCCCCAUACAAUUCUCAUUGAUGGCUAUACUACCAUUUCCCAUGAAUGAUGAGCGAAUUCCAUUCGUGGGAAAAGUUCAAUAACAUGCUUAAGUCUCACUUUACAUUCAUGAUUACUGCUUCUUUUACAUUGUGUGUUUUACUUAUUUUCCAUGUUAUAAAGAUAAAUCCCAUUGAUGGCAAAACCACGAAUUCCCAUGAAUUAAGGGCUAAUUUACAUCAUGGAAAAAGCUUAAUAACCAGACAAAAUGUUAAUGGUUAUUGCCUGAUUUCCAUUGUGAUGGUAUAUUACCCAUCAAUGUGAAACUUACCAAAUGUCAUUAAUGGGAUUUUUAAAAAAAACCAUGAAUGGUAAUUAUUCGCCUUUCCCAUGGAUGGUUUUUAACAAUGGAUUAAAUACCAUUUCCCAUUUAAAAAAACAUUAAUGGAUUUUCAAUUUUUUUUCCUGUGCAGUGUGGAGUUUCAGGCCUGAGGUGGAAUGACUUCAUGCUGAUGACUGAUUUGACCCUUGGUGACCAAGGAGUACAUGUUGAAAGGAUCUAUUUUGAUGAGACAUGGCAUGGAACUUCACUACCAAAACUAACUGAUUUCUAUUUUAACCACAUCAUGCCAGCAUUACUGCAAAAAUCUUAA